GUUGCAUGUCACGCUUGUCGAGGUAGCGUAGAAAGUUAACCACUAUUGGCUGCUGAGUGAAGCAGGCAGCAGCAGUGGUGGGGAAUUGGUUGGGAAUUGGGGGGAAGUGAAAACUGGAGUGUUCAAAGGUUGGUCGGUUCACUAGUAACCUGAAUUUUGCGAUGGCUAAUAUAAAGUAAUGCGAUUGCUUUACGUGGAGCCUAUGGGCUCUAGGUCAUAAAGUGGUCGAUCAAACAUGGACAUAUAAGAGACACUACUUGGACACAAUUUUACUGAUAAUGGACAAUUUACGAUUAUAUAUGGUAACGUGGAACGUUGCCACAAGACAACCUGGAGAAGAUCUAAAUGAAUUACUUGGGUUGGUGCAACAAACAGUUCCUGAAAAGUUACCUGACUUUUACAUUAUUGGCCUGCAAGAGGUAAAAGCUCAGCCACAAAACAUUGUUUUGGAUGCAGUAUUUGACAGUUCGUGGACCAGUGCAUUCAGGGAAGUAUUGGCAGCUCAAAACUAUGUGAAAGUGAAGACUAUACGUUUGCAAGGAUUGUUGUUAAGUCUAUUUUGUUUGCGUAAACACUUAUUACAUUUAAGAGAUGUGGAAACUCAAUAUACAAAAACUGGUUUUGGUGGCAUGUGGGGCAACAAAGGUGCUGUAAGUAUCCGUUUAAGUAUAUAUGGUUGCUCAGUAUGCUUUGUCAAUUGCCACUUGACACCUCAUGAUGGACUGUACCAAGAAAGAAUUACCGAUUACAAUACAAUUAUUCGUAAUCAUGCCUAUCAGAACAAAGAAACAUCUAACAUUCUUUUUCACGAUUAUGUGUUUUGGAUUGGUGAUUUGAAUUUUCGUCUUAUGGAUAGCUACAGUGCAGAGGAGAUCAAUAAUUUGAUAAAGAAAGGGGAAUUGACAAGACUUUUGGAGAAGGAUCAACUUCGUUAUGCUAUGGACAGGGGUGAAGCUUUCAGUGAACUUUCCGAAGAAACACCAAACUUUCCUCCAACCUAUAAAUUUCAAUUUAAUUCUUCAUUAUAUGAUUUGAAGCGACGUCCAUCAUGGACUGAUCGUGUCCUUUACAAAGUUAAUGCUCAUGUCUAUGAGAAUUUAACUUUGCGUGCUGAACAAUUAUUCUAUAAAAGUUUCGACAGUUAUGUGCUUAGUGAUCAUAAACCUGUUGUAGCAGAGUUCAAUAUCAAGGUUUUCAGUGACUAUUACGAUCGUGUUGUUGAAUUUGAACCUGUUAAUACAUGGUAUCUUGAAGAAGAAAAUUCAGCAUCAUAUUCAUUAGCUGGUGAUGUUGAGCCCACUUACUGGGAUUGGAUAGGAAUAUAUAAGGAUGGUUUCACUAGUUUGGAUGACUAUCUCAGCUAUGUUUAUGCACCACGCGCAACACCAGGCACAGCCAAUAGAUCUGAAACCAGACGAGUCACCUUUCCAGAUACAGCUCUGCGAGCUCCUGGUAGAUACUGUCUGUUGUAUUUCAGUCACAACUCGGGAAGUGUGUUGGGAAUGAGCAACCCAUUCGAUGUGCUGUGCAGGGAUAACGGGCAGAUCACCCAUUUCAGGAUAAGUCUGAAUGCUGAAUUUGAAACUAAUAGACAUUUAAGUCCAAAUUUCAUUAAUGAAAUUUCAAAGAAAGAAUAGAAAUGUCUCUAGUGAGAAAGUGUUUUGAAACUUUCUAGGUUUUUUAAAAGACUUUUAGUUACAAUAAAUUGCUUGAGACAGUGUAUUACCAAAAAUAUGCCUUAUCAAUUUUGUUUUAAAAA